GUAGAAUCUCAGCUGUUUCAUUCACAUGCAUCGUGUCAUCUGCACAUGUUUUGAUCAGUAAAUUCGAUGGUGUCAGAGGGUCACAUACGUAGAAUCUAAAUGAUACGGGUACUGUGCACAUAUUUGGUUACUGACAAUGAGGCAUGUGUGCAGCUUGUGUAAAGUUGCCUGUUUACGUACGUUGCCGACAUUUUAUCGUCUUUCGUUAAGAAACGCUGUAUCCAGAACGUUAAAACUACAACAACCACUAACACGAAAUACAAGCCAAGCUUGUAACAGUUUCUGUCAACGUAGCCAUACCUGCGGAGAGUUGAGAGCCUCACACAUUGGAGAACCAGUAACGUUAUAUGGAUGGGUGCAAUACAAAAGAUUUGAUUUUAUGCUGACGUUGAAGGAUGCUUACGGUAUAACACAAAUCGUUGCAGCAAAUACACAGAAUUGUAUCUCAUCAGUAUUGUCCAAGAUCAGAUCAGAGUCUGUCAUUAAAAUUACCGGAAAAGUUCAACCAAGACAAAAUGAGCAGAUAAACAAGGAGAUGCUGACAGGUGAAAUUGAAGUAUUGGCAGAAGAUAUUGAACUUAUAAGUGAAUGUAAAGACAAACUUCCAUUCCAACCUAAAGACCAUGCUAAGGUGAAAGAAAGUCUGCGCAUGCAGUACAGGUAUUUAGAUAUCAGAACCAGUAAAAUGCAAGAAAAUUUACGACUACGUUCACGAAUUGCGAUGAAAAUGAGAGAAUUCUUAUGCAAUCAUCAUGGUUUUGUUGAAGUGGAAACACCGACAAUGUUUAAACAAACACCAGGUGGCUCUCAAGAAUUUGUAAUUCCUACAAGACAUCCAGAACGGUUUUAUUGUUUACCCCAAAGUCCUCAACAGUUUAAACAGCUACUAAUGGUUGGUGGACUUGAUCGUUAUUUCCAAUUUGCCAGGUGCUAUAGGGAUGAAGGAACUAAACCAGAUAGACAACCAGAAUUCACUCAGGUGGACUUGGAAAUGUCUUUUGUUAAUCGAGAAAACAUAUACAGUCUUGUAGAAGGCAUGAUAGAGUAUUCCUGGCCUUCAAAUAAAACCAAUCUCACACUGCCUUUCCCUAAGAUGACUUAUGCUGAUGCUAUCGCCAAGUAUGGAACUGACAAACCAGACACAAGGUUUGAUAUGAAGCUUCAUGAUGUCAGUGAUAUUUUUAUCAAUAGCGGAUUGUCCAUUUUUGACGAUGCCCUGAAAUCUACCGAGGGAACUGUACAAGCCAUUGCUAUCAGACCUCAUACACAUAUAACAAAUAGAGAUUUAGAAAAUCUUCAAAAACUGGCUAAAACCAGAUCUGAACAUGGAGUUAUUUUUAUACAAGUUAAAGACGAGACAACAUGGCGGUCACCGAUAUCAAAAUAUUUGAAAGAUGAUAUGAAAAAUAGGCUUGGAGAUCUGCUUCACAUGAAACCAGGAGAUGUCAUACUUCUUGCUGCCGGGAAAUACCUCUCAACAUGUCUGCUACUUGGACAUAUGAGAAUAGCAGUUGCUGAUUUACUUGAGACCAAGGGUGUUAAUGUAAGAAAGACCCGGAGCAAUGCAUUUGUAUGGGUGGAAGAUUUCCCAUUGUUUUUACCAAAAGAGAAUGGAAAGUGUGAAUCUCAGACAGUAGAACUGGAAUCAGCGCACCACCCUUUUACUGCACCUCAUCCAGAAGAUGCAGAAUUUAUUUACACAAAACCUGACAAGGUACGAAGUCUUCACUAUGAUCUUGUGUAUAAUGGAGCAGAGAUAGCUGGUGGUUCUAUUAGAAUUCAUGAUGCAAAAUUACAGAAAUAUGUACUAGAUGAGAUUCUUAAGGAGGAUUCCAGUUCACUUUAUCAUUUACUGGAAGCAUUAGAGUCAGGUGCACCAACACAUGGAGGCAUUGCAAUAGGAUUUGACAGAUACAUCUCUAUGCUACGCGGCACCCAGUCAAUCCGGGAUGUCAUAGCAUUCCCUAAAUCGUGGGAAGGUAAUGACUUAAUGAGUGGUGCACCUACAAAGCUAACGAAUGAAGACAUCAAAGAUUAUCAUAUUGAAAUACAAAAGAAGAAAUCAUAACAUCUUAUAACUAUUGCUUGAAUUGUUUUAUAGAUAAUGAUUAAAAACCACUGAAAAUA